AUUUAAAAUGGUAUAUAAUUGCUUUAAUGUUGAUGGACCCCAGGGAGAGUAGCUGCUGCCUUGGCAGGAACUAAAGGGGAUCCAUAAUAAAUACAAAAACCCUAAAAAGCCACCUAGCCAUGAGCUCAUUUGAAAGACAAUAACACGGAAUUUCUCUAAUCUCAUAUUCAGCCUGCCACCUUCCAGCAAACCUCAGCCAGUCAGAGGCUGCAAGCUAUUUUAGUUGUUUAUAUAAACAUCUUAUGAUUUGUUGUGAUUUUUAUUGUAUUUGCCCAUUUUAAAAUAAUACAACCACACGUGGACAUAAUGCAUUUACAAGCAUUGAGGAUGACAAAAACGUGAUACAUCUAAUAAUUUACCAUUUAAAUUAUAUGAAUGAUGUAUUGAAUAUACCAAAAAUAGCCUACAUUUUUGCCAUUAAUUUAGCAUACAAUAUGUUUGAGGCAAUACAAACAGUUAUUUUCUAGCAAUAAAUUACACUCCCAAAACUGCUUCACCCAUUUGAAGAGAGGUUUUGAUGACUGUGUACAGUAGGUGGCGGCACCUCUUAAACACCACAGAAGAUGCCGAAGAGCAUCAACAGGAAGUUCUUUGUUGCCAUCCUCUAUCUAGUUUUCAAACCAAAUACAAUUCUACAGGAUCUUUCUGAUGUAAGAUUAGUCUACAUGAGACGUUUGUUUGUCAGGACUUAAAUCCAGUUUUGAUAUUUAAAAGGACGUUUGAUUGCGCUGGUCUAGCUUUUCUUUAUCUGAACACCGUGACAAAGUAACUACCGUACACAUUUAGUUUCAUGUUUUUUAUUUUAAGAAACGUUGAAGAAAUAAUCGCUUCCACGAUGGAUCGGAGAGGUGUUUAUCUCUGUCGGUGCGGCGCAUGAAGAAGCCCGGUGGCUGAACCGACUCUGACAACAUAUCCCAAGAGAGCUAUGUUUCCUUGAAACAGAAUGUUACAAUCUCUGAUGUCUCUCUGGAAGGCAAUCCCUCUGGAAGGCAACUGGACAUUGGCGAGUAGUAUACUCGGAAACGGUGGGCAAAGUGCACGCCUAUGGCGCCUGACCAGGAGGCUGCUCAGUCCGCCUGUUCUGCGGCAACAUUGUUUUGGGUCGGCUUCUGGGAUUAGAUCCACUGUCCUGGGUGGUGGUCCGAACUAAGGAUCCGCUUCGGGAAAGUCGUAUUCCUGGUCGUAAUGUUGGACAGAGCUAGUCCGUCCCCCUCCACCCUGCCGGAGUCCCCUGGUCACAACUCUCCUGGUAGCGCCUUAUUGCUGGGUCUGAAGAGGGUGUCUGUGCGGCUGGUCGACUGCAGGAAAACACCAGGGCAGAGUGGAGCUGUGAGAGAAGGACACGAGGAGGGAGAUGGAGAUUUGAUUUCAUCAAGUAAGAACAAUGGGGACUCUCCUAACCGUCGCUCUCUCAGUGGGAGGGACUUAUCAUCUGGGGAGCUUCAACUACAACAUGUUGCUGACGAGGCAGAGAAGAGUGUCUCCCAAUCAGAACACCUCAAACACCAGCACAGACAUACAGGGAAGAAAUCUCACCACAGCUGCUCUGACUGUGGGAAGAGUUUCACUACACGGAGGUCCUUCAUAAUUCACCUGCGUAUUCACACCAGAGAGAAGCCUUAUCACUGUGAUCAGUGUGGGAAGUUCUUUGCUCGAGCUUCCAACCUGACUACACACCAGCGAACACACACAGGAGAAAAGCCUUAUAGCUGUGAUCAGUGUGGGAAGAGCUUUGCUGCAUAUAACACCUUCAAAUAUCAUCUGAGAAUUUAUGAAGGGGAGAAGCCUUACCCCUGCCUUGAUUGUGGGAAAAACUUUGUUAAUGCAGGAGCAUUAACCACACACCAGCGUGUACACACUGGAGAGAAACCUUAUAGCUGUCAUCAGUGUGGAAAGAGCUUUGCUGUAGCUUCCACCCUGAUUAGACACCAGCGCAUACACACUGGAGAGAAGCCUUAUAGCUGUAAUCUGUGUGGAAAGAGCUUUGCUGUAUCAGAUAAACUAACCAUACACCAGCGUGUACACACAGGAGAGAGGCCUUAUAGCUGUGAUCAGUGUGGAAAGUGCUUUGCUUUAGCUUCCACCCUGAAUAAACACCAGCGCAUACACACUGGAGAGAAGCCUUAUAGCUGUGAUCAGUGUGGAAAGAGCUUUGCUCGUGUUUCCACCCUGACUAUACACCAUCGAACACACACUGGAGAAAAGCCUUAUAGCUGUAAUCAGUGUGGAAAGAGCUUUGCUCUAGCUUCCACCCUGACUGCACACCAGCGAACACACACUGGAGAAAAGCCUUAUAGCUGUGAUCAUUGUGGAAAGAUCUUUGCUGAGUCAGGGACCCUGAAUACACAUCAGCGAACACACACUGGAGAGAAGCCUUAUAGCUGUGAUCAGUGUGGAAAGAGCUUUGCUGAGUCAGGGACCCUGAUUUCACACCAGCGAACACACACUGGAGAGAAACCCUAUGUCUGUCUAUGUGGAGAGAGCUUUGCUCGUUUAGGGCAAAUGAAAAAACACCAGAAAGCUCAAAUUUGCCAUAUUUCAACUCCCUCCUAUUUGACACAAUUUCCAGAUCCAUAAAUAAAGGAUCAAUAGAAAACAUCUAGUGAUCAGUCAUAUCCAUCUCCCAUUCUUAGACAGUUGCCUUAGUCUGAUCACCAUGGUAACCUCUGUGCAGCAUAAUAUGCAGCUCUGAUGUAGGAUCAGGUCUCCCCUGUGUCUAUGUAAUAUCACUAAUUGUGAUCUAAAUGGAUAAAUGUUAUCAUAGAUAAUGUCAUAGUGAACCUGUGUGUUGGGGGGGGGGGGGGUGUUGAUAAUUGUAUCUUCUUUCAUAUACUUAUGACACUAUUACAAACUGACAAGGUAAAAAUCUGUCAUCUGACCCUGAAGAAGGCAGUUAACCCACUGUUUCCCGGUAGGCUGUCAUUCUAAAUAAGAAUUUGUUCUUAACUGACUUGCCUAGUUAAAUAAAGUUUCAAUUAAAAUAACUUGUGUAUUCAAUUGAUCAAUAAAUUCUAGCCAUUA